CAAGAGGAAGGAGUCUUUUUACCCUGCAGUAUUUUUACCCUCUCUAUCCCAGCAGGAGAGUAAUACCUACUUUCUUCCCUUUGCUUUAGGAAAGGAUGUUCCCAAGAGGUUACUGACCCCAGACUUCCCAAAGUCUUACUUCUGCAGACCUGGAAUGGCCAGUCAACCAGCAGAAGUUCAGAGUCUGAAACUAGUUCAUGAUUCAGUUAUAGAAGGAAUAAGUGACCAGGUAUUGGUAGCUGUUGUGCUCAGUUUCACUUUCAUUGCCGCACUGGUGUAUAUGCUUUUAAGAAAUGAGCACCAGAACAUUCAUCCAGACAACCAAGAGCUAGUGAGGGCACUUCGGCAGCAGCUUCAAACAGAACAGGAUGCAUCUGCUGGCGAUAGACAUCGUUUCUAUACAGACAUGUCUUGUCCAGUCUGUUUACAGCAGGCUACAUUUCCCAUUGAAACCAACUGUGGACAUCUUUUCUGUGGGGCCUGCAUUAUCGCAUACUGGAGGUAUGGCUCAUGGCUGGGUGCCAUCCAGUGCCCAAUCUGCAGACAAACGGUAACGUUGUUCUUACCACUCUUCAGUGAAGAUCAACAGGAUGCAGCACAAGUUCUUCAAGAUGUGCACGAUUACAAUCGGAGAUUCUCAGGACAGCCCAGAUCUAUAAUGGAAAGAAUUAUGGAUUUACCCACUUUACUGCGGCAUGCUUUCCGGGAGAUGUUUACUGUGGGGGGCCUUUUCUGGAUGUUCCGUGUCAGAAUAUUCCUCUGCCUGCUAGGAGCUCUGUUCUAUCUGGUUUCUCCUCUGGAUUUUCUUCCUGAAGCCCUCUUUGGAAUUCUGGGAUUUUUAGAUGAUUUCUUUGUCAUCUUUCUGCUGCUGAUCUACAUCUCUAUCAUGUACCGAGAAGUGAUAACACAGAGACUGAAUAGAUAAUAUGAGUGGAAACAACCAUGAAGCAGAAGUUUUUGUAGGAUGCUGAACAAAGGAAGCUAGCUGGGCACAGUGUGACAUAGCAAGGCAUCUGUAUAAGCUUUCAAAUUAAAUAGCUUGUGCUCAAUCAUUUUAUGUAAAUGUGAGGGAUUAAAAUGGGGUGAUGCUUAACUGGAAUCUUUAAUUUGUGGUUUGCAUAUGCUUAAAUUUUGAAGAGGUUAGAUUUAUGAUGCAAUAAAUUACUUACAUUUGCUUACACCCAGUGAGCAAUUGUAUGUAAUGCAAGAUAAAGCUAGUUAUAAAAUGCCUCUUCAAGUGUGUAGUUUGUGAAAGGGAAGUUCUAUUUAAGUGAUAUCAGGACUUCAAACAAAAAAGAAUUCAGAUGAGCUUGAUGCAUUAAGACACUUCAGAAUACUGUAUAGCUCCUCAAAUUGCUUAAUGUCUCACCAUGGUGGGUCAUAGUAUUUUUAAAUAACAAUAGUUUUUCAUGUCUCUCUAUGCAAGAAGAAAUCCAAAGACAGCAUUACAGUUGACACAGUGAAUUUUACUGCCGUACACAAUUCAUGUUGCACAAAUAGAGGGGAAAAACUUCAGUAUUGCUUUAACUGCACUAUGUAUAAUGAUAUGUAUUUCCAACUAUUUUACUUUCCAGUUUUGAAGAAAGGGCUUUCCAUUAGCGUCCAGAUGAAGAAAUCAUGAAUAACCAAUGCUUUGGUGACUAACACUGAAUAAUAUUUUUUCACAUUGGUUUUGUGUACUUAAGCAGUAUUUGAACAUUGAGUAAGUUGCACUGUUGUAAGCCCUACUUUAUACCUGUGCUACAUAUUUAAACUGGAGGUUUGCAUCAGUGUACAACAUCGGAGUAAUUUACCACUUCAAAAAAACCCUAAGAUUUAUGGUAGCAAUUUGUUUAAAAGUGGGAAUACAGAGUGUAUGUCAUAACUGGAUAAUUUUACCUGAAUAUGGAUGGUAAUUAAUAAAGUAAUUAAAGUAUUUACAUGAAAACAAUAACUUAUUUCUCACAAGUUAGUACCAAUAAUUUUUUUUUAAACCAGUAACAUGGGACCAAAGAAAUCUGCUGGAAAAUGAAAAUCAUUGUAAGAUAUUUGCCCCUAAUGUUUGGAAUUUGUGGGUAUUUUUAACACCAGAUAUCACAAGCUACAAAGAGAAUGAUUUGAAAAUACUUUCAGUGUAUGAAGUCAGAGCUGGUAGAAAACUUAAAAUUUGCAAGCCAUUUUGUGGGAAUUCAGAACUUUCCAGCUGGAGGAAAGAGAUAUUUUUGAAGCAAAAUAGCAAACAUUGUAACUUUCUGAAUACUUGAAAAUAAAAUGACUACAAUAAGA